AGACCUCGCGUCGGCAAACGAAGGAAGCUCAGGCACUACAAUUCCCAGAAUGCCUUUGGCUCCCAAGCGAGUCUUGCUUUAUCGACGCUGUCAGGAACCGCUGGCUAGGCCCAGAGAAGAGGAAGAACGGCAAGAUGGCGCUGACCAGUUUUUUGCCAGCACCAACUCAGCUAUCUCAAGACCAGCUGGAAUUAGAAGAGAGGGCAAGAUCUCAAAGGGUGAGACAGACUGCAUUGGUGUCAUCACGAAGGGAGCCACCUCCUUAUGGUUAUCGGAAAGGAUGGAUACCAAGAAUGUUGGAGGAUUUUGGAGAUGGAGGUGCUUUCCCAGAAAUUCAUGUUGCCCAAUAUCCUCUGGAUAUGGGCCGAAAAAAGAAAAUGUCCAAUGCAUUAGCUGUUCAGGUGGAUGCAGAAGGAAAAAUAAAAUACGAUGCUAUAGCACGGCAGGGACAAUCAAAAGACAAGGUCAUUUACAGCAAAUACACAGACCUGGUUCCAAAGGAAGUUAUGAAUGUGGAUGACCCUGAUCUGCAAAGACCUGAUGAAGAAGCUGUUAGAGAGCUUACAGAAAAGACUCGAGCAGCGCUGGAAAAGUCUGUCUCCCAGAAAAUUGCAGCAGCCAUGCCAGUCCGAGCAGCUGAUAAACUAGCUCCAGCUCAAUACAUUCGAUACACACCAUCACAGCAAGGUGUGGCCUUCAACUCUGGUGCAAAACAGAGAGUUAUUAGAAUGGUGGAGAUGCAAAAAGACCCCAUGGAGCCACCUAGAUUCAAGAUUAACAAGAAAAUUCCUCGUGGACCACCAUCGCCUCCAGCUCCAGUAAUGCACUCUCCCAGCAGAAAGAUGACCGUGAAGGAGCAACAAGAAUGGAAAAUUCCUCCUUGCAUUUCAAACUGGAAAAAUGCUAAGGGUUACACCAUUCCAUUAGACAAGCGUCUGGCUGCGGAUGGCAGAGGACUGCAGACUGUCCACAUUAAUGAAAACUUUGCCAAGUUGGCUGAGGCUCUCUACAUUGCUGACAGGAAGGCUCGAGAGGCUGUGGAGAUGCGAGCCCAGGUGGAGCGGAAGAUGGCCCAGAAGGAGAAAGAGAAGCAUGAGGAGAAGCUCCGGGAAAUGGCCCAGAAGGCCAGGGAGCGAAGGGCGGGGAUCAAAACCCAUGUGGAGAAAGAGGACGGAGAAGCUAGAGAACGUGAUGAAAUCAGACAUGACAGACGAAAAGAGAGACAGCAUGACCGGAAUCUUUCCAGAGCAGCCCCUGACAAAAGGUCGAAGUUGCAAAGGAAUGAGAACAGAGAUAUUAGUGAAGUCAUUGCCUUGGGUGUUCCUAACCCUCGGACAUCCAGUGAGAUCCAGUAUGACCAAAGGCUCUUCAACCAGAGUAAGGGUAUGGACAGUGGCUUUGCUGGAGGAGAAGAUGAAAUUUACAAUGUCUAUGACCAGCCCUGGAGAAGUGGUAAAGACAUGGCCCAGAACAUCUACAGACCUAGUAAAAAUGUGGAUAAGGACGUGUAUGGUGAUGAUUUGGAGGCACGAAUAAAAACUACUAACAGGUUUGUUCCUGAUAAGGAAUUUUCUGGCUCAGACCGCAGGCAAAGAGGUCGAGAAGGACCAGUUCAGUUUGAGGAGGAUCCUUUUGGUCUAGACAAAUUCUUGGAGGAAGCCAAACAGCAUGGGGGCUCAAAAAGGCCUGAUAGUAGCCGCCCUAAAGAACAUGAGCAUGAAGGCAAGAAGAGAAGGAAAGAGUAAGGAAUUGGUUUCAAGCAUUUCAAACAAGACUGCAGGAGAUUGUCUAAACCACCUGACAGUUCCUCUAUAGUGGAUAUA